AGACAAACAAGCCGAUGCAGACGAGCGCCAUGGCCCUGCUGGCGCGGAUCCUGAGAGCGGGGCUGCGGCCGGCGCCCGAGUGGGGUGGGCUCCUGGGCGGCUGGGCCCCGCGGCGGCCCCAACCCGCGGGCGCACGGCUCCCGGCGGGGGCGCGGGCCGAGGACAAAGGCGCCGGGCGGCCGGGGGCGCCGCCGGGCGGGGGCCAGGCCGAGGGUCCCCGGAGCCUCGCCGCCAUGCCGGGGCCACGGACCCUUGCCAACCUGGCGGAGUUCUUCUGCAGGGACGGCUUCAGCCGCAUCCACGAGAUCCAGCAGAAGCACACACGGGAAUAUGGAAAAAUCUUCAAGUCUCACUUUGGUCCUCAGUUUGUAGUAUCUAUUGCAGACCGCGAUAUGGUGGCUCAGGUGCUCCGGGCGGAGGGCGCUGCGCCCCAGAGAGCCAACAUGGAGCCCUGGCGGGAGUACCGAGACUUGCGGGGGAGAGCCACCGGGCUCAUCUCGGCGGAGGGCGAACAGUGGCUCAGGAUGAGAAGCAUAUUGAGACAAAGAAUUCUGAAACCGAAAGAUGUCGCCAUUUAUUCUGGAGAAGUCAACCAAGUUAUUGCUGACUUAAUUAAAAGAAUCUACCUCCUCAGGAGCCAGGCAGAAGAUGGAGAAACCGUGACCAAUGUCAAUGAUCUUUUCUUCAAAUAUUCAAUGGAAGGAGUGGCCACCAUCCUUUAUGAGAGUCGUUUGGGCUGCCUGGAAAACAGCAUCCCACAGCUGACUGUGGAAUACAUCGAGGCCCUGGAGCUCAUGUUUAGCAUGUUCAAGACCUCCAUGUAUGCAGGCGCCAUCCCCAGAUGGCUUCGCCCCUUCAUCCCAAAGCCCUGGCGGGAAUUCUGCAGGUCCUGGGAUGGACUCUUCAAAUUCAGCCAAAUUCAUGUUGACAACAAGUUGAGGGACAUACAGUACCAAAUGGACCGAGGCCGGAGGGUGAGCGGGGGACUUCUCACAUACCUCUUCCUUAGCCAGGCGCUGACGCUGCAGGAGAUCUACGCCAACGUGACUGAGAUGCUGCUAGCCGGCGUCGACACGACGUCCUUCACCUUGUCCUGGACGGUGUACCUCCUGGCAAGGCACCCAGAAGUGCAGCAGACGGUGUACCGGGAGAUCGUCAAGAAUUUAGGGGAAAGGCAUGUUCCAACUGCAGCUGAUGUCCCCAAGGUCCCGCUGGUCAGAGCUCUCCUUAAGGAAACCCUGAGGCUGUUUCCAGUGCUGCCAGGGAACGGACGGGUCACCCAGGAAGACCUGGUUAUUGGCGGGUAUCUGAUUCCGAAAGGCACCCAGCUGGCCCUUUGCCACUAUGCCACAUCAUACCAGGAUGAGAACUUCCCUCGGGCCAAGGAGUUCCGGCCUGAGCGCUGGCUGCGGAAAGGAGACUUAGAUAGAGUUGACAAUUUUGGAUCCAUCCCCUUUGGUCAUGGGGUUCGCAGCUGUAUAGGGCGGAGAAUUGCAGAACUGGAGAUUCACCUUGUCGUGAUCCAGUUGCUUCAACAUUUUGAGAUCAAAACAUCUUCUCAGACCAAAGCUGUUCACGCAAAAACCCAUGGGCUCCUGACACCAGGGGGGCCCAUCCACGUGCGAUUUGUUAACAGAAAGUAAGCCUGGAUUUUAAACCUGGACUGAUGUAGCAGACCAGCUCGCCAACACACAGUGGGUAUUUGUGUGUCGCUGACCACCGUGGAGAAGGAAAGCAGUGUCACUAGGGGCUGUCUUGUUAUAGACUAGCCUCCCAGGUCCUGGGACACUUGUAAAUCUUUAUGCAAAGUAAUGUAAAAAGGUUGCUAUUUUACUGGUGCGCACCAGAAGUUGCCCUUUCUUUGGGGGAAACAGCUGUUGAAAAACCAGUGGCACUGAAUUUUUAUGCUUCAUACAUUGUGCUAGACUCAAUAUUUAAUGACUGGCAGUAUCCUAUGCAUUUACUUGUACAGGGAAAUGGUGGUUUACUUAUAAAUUCAGUUCUUCAAUAUGUGUUCUCUAAUACUGGCAUCUGGGCUCAAAUUGCCAUCAACAGUAAUUUGAAGGCAAUUUCAACUUACUGUUUCUAAUUUGAAGAGGGAACAUUAAGAAUGCCUCUGUAAUACUGUAAUUAUGGGAAGAAAGCACCAGAGGCAACAUUUUAUCCUGAGCACCAGAUUUAGAUCCUGUUAAAGGGCUCAAACUUAAAAGGGCUGGCCGGGUGCGGUGGCUCACGCCUGUAAUCCCAGCACUUUGGGAGGUCAAGGUGGGAGGAUUGCUUGAGCCAGAAGUUCGAGACCAGCCUGAGCAACAUGGUGAAACCCUGUCUCUACCAAAAAUACAAAAAUUAGGCAGGCGUGGUGGUGCACAUCUAUGGUCCUAGUUACUCGGGAAACUGAGGCAGGAGGAUCGUUUGAGCUCAGGGGGUUAGGUCUGCAGUGAGCUAUCUAUGAUGGCACCACUGCACUUCAGCCUGGGCGACAGAGUGAGACCCUCUCUCAAAAAUAAAAUAAAAUAAUAAAAUAAAAUAAAAUGGCUGUAUUCUUACUUUUCUCUUCACAACGAGUGCUUAAUUUUCUAGUCAUAACGCCUAAUGAAGUUGACUUAGUUUUUAUUUGGAAGAAAUAAAAAAAGAAAGCUCCUGGUGAAAUCAAGAAUAAUCAGAUUUUCUAACCAAAUCUAAAUACGGAGUAGAGCAGACAUAUAAGAACUGGAAAUAUGACUACGUAAAAUUUUGUUGCCUAAGUUGUGAGAAGUAAUAAAACAGGCAGCAUGGAAAACAAUGUAACUUUAGAACAUUUUUAUUUCAAGGAAAAAUAAAUACAUAAAUAGAGAUGCUACAGAUACGACAAUAUUUUUAUCUUGAUGGUGUUGUUUUAAAUAUCCACAUGAGAACCGUCACCCAGCUGUGUGCCUGUGCCAGGCUCUCUGGGAAGCCGUGGCUCCGGGAGUGCCUUUCCUGCUGCUCACUGGUUGCUAAGAGGAAACACCGUGAUUUCCUGAUGCUCUUGCCUUGUCAUCGUGCCUGAAACAGCUUAUUCCCAAUUCUGUAAUUCCUUUUACAUAAUCCUUCUCCAAAAAUUACUUUCCUACCAAUAUAGACCAUACAGUUUUUUUUUUCCAUUUAGUAAGUCACUCUGCAAAAUAACUCUUAAGUAAGUAGACAUAAUAUCCAUUUCACAUACCAUUUUUGUUAAAGUAUAUAAUAAAGCUGAAAUCUCUGUGUGGUAGCAGAAUGACUCUAGUAUGAAUACUGUAAGUGUACAGGUGAAUGUGAAAUUAGGUCAUAUUAACUGGCCAAGUGUUGGAUUGAUUACUUUGAGGUAGCAGUAUACGUAUAUUAAGUUUUAUAAACUAGAUGAAAUUGCAUUCUGUUUGAGAUUGAAAUUUAAAAAUAUUGAGAAUAACUAAGCGACUUGAAGUGACCUCUUAUUCCCUGGAUAUAUAUACGGUGUGACCCUCUAGUGAGGUGUGGCUCUGCCUGGGGAUCAGCACAGGGUGAAUGGCAAAGUGCGGGCUGGGGGUAGCACCUGUGCCCGCUGCUCAGUCUCACUGAACAGGAAGGGAAGCAGCCAGACACGGGGGCCUCCUGGUGUGAUGUAGCAGGAAGUGCAGGGUGCCACCCAGGAAGCAUCCGUGCCAAAGAAAUGGAGAUUCAGCUGGACAAGUUUCUAGGUUCACUACUGGUUUAUAGGAAAUACGUGGUAUACAGGGAGAUGUCAAAACUCCAUGGGGGCUGGGCGUAGUGGCUCACACCUGUAAUUGCAGCACUCUGGGGAGGUUGAGGCGGGAGGAUUGCUUGAGGCCAGGAGUUUGAGACAAGCUUGGGCAACAUAGUGAGAUCCUGUCUACUAAAAAUCAAAAAACUUAGCUGGGUGUGGUGGUGCAUGCCUGUAGUCCUAGCUAUUUGGGAGGCUGAGGCUGAAGGAUUGCUUAAGUCUGGGAGGUUGAGCCUGCAGUGAGCCGUGAUCCGCCAUUACACUCCAGCCUGGGUGACAGAGCAAGACUCCAUCUCAAACAAACAAACUCCGUGGGGAUGCAGUCAGCAAAAUCCAGAAUAGAGUGAGGUCUAUAGGACCAAUGUCCUGGGUUUCCAACAAAGCAAAUAUGUGACAGGCAAAAAACAAGAGGAGGAGCUAGGCGCAGUGGCUCAUGCCUGUAAUCCCAGCACUUUGGGAGGCCAAGGCAGGUGGAUCACCUGAGGUCAGGGGUUCGAGACCAGCCUGGCCAACAUGGUGAAACCCCAUCUCUACUGAAAAUACAGAAAUUAGCCAGGCACGGUGGCGGGCUCCUGUAAUUCCAGCUACUUGGGAGGCUGAGGCAGGAGAAUCGUUUGGACCUUGGAGGUGGAGGUUGCGAUGAGCUGAGAUUGUGCCACUGCACUCCAGCCUGGGCAACAAGAGCGAAACUCCAUAUCUAAAACAAAAAACAAAAAAACCAAGGGGAGGGGAGAACUGUUAUAGAUGAAGCAGUAUAGGAGACAUAUUAACCAAGUACAAUGCUGGACUUCGUUUGAAUCAGAUCAAAAUAAAGCACUUGUAAAAAGACAUUGAAGAGAUAAUUUUUAAAAAUAAAGUAAAAGCCAAAAAUAUUAAUUCUUCCAAUCCAUGAAAAAAGAGAGAGCAAUUUGGGGAAAUCUGAACCCUGACUGUGUGUAUUUGAUGAUAUUUGGGAAUUACUGUUAAUUUUUUUGGUAUGAUAAUGGUAGUUAUGUUUAAAAAAAGAGAUAUUAUCUCUUGGAGAUACCGCAAAGAUAUAAAUGUUUAUGGCUGAAAUUUUAUGGCAUCUUGGAUUUGCUUUAAAAUAACCCAGCUUGCUGCAGGGGGUGGGUAAUGUGUGUGUGGGAAGGUGGGGAGGCUGCGGGAGGAAGAGAUGAUCCAAGAUUAGGCAGAUGUUGCUAACUGUGGAAGCGGGGUGGUGAGCAGGGGCUCAUGACACUAUGCUCUGUACUUUGUGUAUGUGUGAACACUUCCGUAAUAAAAGAUGCCUUCAGAAACAAAA